UGCUACGGAAGAGGAGUUUUUGUACUUUCCUUGAUAUUAAUCAAUUAUCAUCUGCAAAUGGAAGACGCUGAAAUUAUUGAUACUUUGGAUCAUCCGAAUAAUAGCAAGACAGAAAGAUCAAAUGAUAUUCCAGAAAACCUGAAGAAUCUGGAUGUGGAAAUAUUAGGUGAAGAAAGCAGUGAAGUGUCUGAACCUGUAUAUCGAAUUCGGCCGCAUCUUUAUGAUAAGUUUAAGCCUUUAAGUGCAAAAGAAGUGAUACACAAUGUAUUGUUUGAUCAGCUCUCUACAAAAACGUAUAAUGCUCAGGAUGCUGUCCAAUGGACCAAAGAUAUAGCAGAUACGAUUAAAGAAAAAAUUAAAGAAUUAAAAUUUAAGCGUUAUAAAUAUAUCAUAAAUGUGGUCUUGGGGGAACAACAUGGCGCUGGUAUAAAAAUGGGAACGAGAUGUAUCUGGGAUGCAGAGGCAGAUGCAUAUGCUUUCGACAGUUUUAUAAAUGAUACGAUAUUUUGUGUAGCUACUGUAUAUGCUAUAUAUUUUUACUAAAAUGAGUAUAAGACAUUACAAGGUGGAUAUAUUGAUUAUAUUGGUUAUAUAUUGAUUAUAAGAAUUCAAUAUAUUGAAUUAUAAGUUUAAAAGUUUAGAUGAUCAUAAUAUAAGAAAAGAAAUAGUCAUACUGUAUUUUAGAAACAGCAUGUAAUUUAUUAAAAUGCAACUUAUUAUUACUAUACAUAGGAUGCAUGCAAAACAUGGCACAGUUUUUAUAUACAAUAAUGAGUAGUAAUUAUCUUUAUUAUUUUGCAAUGCUUAUCAAUAUACUUAUGUAUGUAAUAUAGUUGUAAUAUAGCAUUACAUCUAUAUACAAUUCUUAUUAAAUUUAUAUAUGACAUCAAUAUACUAAAAUCAU